AAUGAGCUGCGCACACGCAGAGGCGGCCCCAGAGAGAGUUCGCCGGCGGCCGCCUGAUCCCAAAGACACGGCUCAGGAGGCCGGUGCUGCCGCUUUGCGGCUCCACAGACGAGUCUGGCUCAAUUCCGCCGUAUCCGGGGGCCUCAGCGCCCGACCAAGAGAUCCCUCAGACAGCAAGUUGGUCGGGCACCUCCACGGGCAGGAGGCGAGGGGCCUCGCCGCCAGGACCCUUUGCUGCAGUGCAUGCUGGGAGUUGUGGUUCUCCUCGCCGCUGAGGCUCGCCGAGCGUGAGAGGGACGAAAGGAGGAGGGAGACUACAACUCCCGGGGAGCAGCGGGGCUCUGGCGGGCCGGCAGUGGUGGCGGCUAGCGGUCAAGCGCUGGGGUUUCGGGGCGCGAGCGUGUUCCACCGCGCCCCCUUCUCAGGAGCCGCCCGGGAGGGCGUCGGGAGCUUCCCGCCGCCGGCUCGGUGCGGUCCUUCCCCGGGGUCCCGCCAUGGAUCCCUUCGGGGACCUGCGGCGCAUGAACAAGCGGCAGUGUCUUCUGCCCUUAUGAUAUGGAAAGGGCUGAUCGUCAUUACUGGAAGUGAAAGCCCUAUUGUUGUGGUGCUCAGUGGCAGCAUGGAACCAGCUUUUCACAGGGGAGACCUGUUGUUCUUAACGAAUUUCCAUGAUGACCCAAUCAGAGCUGGUGAAAUAGUUGUUUUUAAAGUUGAAGGCAGAGACAUUCCAAUAGUUCACAGAGUAAUCAAAAUACAUGAAAAAGAAAAUGGGAACAUCAAAUUUCUGACUAAAGGCGAUAAUAAUGAAGUUGAUGAUAGAGGCUUGUACAAAGAAGGUCAGAACUGGUUAGAGAAGAAAGAUGUUGUUGGAAGAGCAAGAGGAUUUUUGCCUUAUGUUGGUAUGGUAACUAUAAUAAUGAAUGACUAUCCAAAAUUUAAGUAUGCUCUUCUGGCAGUAAUGGGAGCAUAUGUACUGCUGAAACGUGAAUCCUAAAAAAAGUCACUUUUCCAAGAACAAAGUUAAAUAUACAGGGGGAAAAACCUAAUAUAUUUCAGAAGUUUUCAUUUCUGUAUACAGUUACAAAACUGUGCAAGCUUUUGUCUAAAUAAACUGUACAACUAGUGACUAAA